AUGAUCGGCCAGACGACGUUGGCGUUGUGCCGAAGCAGCGGCCGUCAGGUUCAGGUCAUCCGCAGCCUGAAGCAGUCGGCUCGCCUUUACGAAGAUGUGAAGACGCCGGUGCAGAAAUGGGGCUGGGAAUAUCUCGUGCGCCAGAAGGAGCUGAAGCGGCCCCUUUCGCCCAACCUUGGCAUCUACAAAAUUCAGUUGACAAUGGGAAUGUCGGGAUUGCACCGUGUGACGGGAUGCGUGAUGGCCGGCGCCUUGCUGGUGGGCUCAGUCGGAUUUGCCGUUGCCCCAUUCAACUUCACCCAAUUUUUCGACACGAUCCGGCGUUGGGAUCUGCCAGGAGUUCUGCUCUUCCCCAUUAAGUGGAUCAUCGCCUUUCCUAUCGUCUAUCAUUCUUUGAACGGCAUCCGACACAUGGGCUUCGAUAUGGCAAAGGGUACCGAUUUGGGCUCGGUCUACAAAAGCGGCUACCUGGUGCUCGGCCUCUCCGUCCUCAUCAGCACUUUAAUCGUGAUCCGCGCCUCCUGCAACAGCACUCCUUGCCCGCUCACCCAGAAGAAA